CGAAAGUUUUCUGAUUCGAAUCGGUUGACGAAUUGUACGCUACUGUUACCGUCGUGUGAAACCAUGUUGCAGAUUGGCAUGCAGUGUUUGUGGGAAAGGAGAUUUCCUAAGAAAUUCAACGUUUUAUCCGUUGGACAGGUGUUUAGAAGUGGCAAAGCCUUGCUUGUCUUAGGGUGCGAGGAUGGAGUUAUCCGGCUGUACGACCUUCCAACAUCAGGAGAGAAAAGCAAGGAGAAAAGUUUACAAUGUACGUCAGCCCUUGAAACCAAAGGUGGACCCAUACAGCAGCUGGCUCUCCACAAUGUGACACGGUUUGGUUCUGUGGACCUGGUGGCAGCAGACUCGCAGGGAACAGUCACCAUCUUCUGUAACGAACAGAUCCUGGCCAGGUGCAGUCUGGGAGAACACAGCAUCAGCUGUUUGGACGUAGAAGAAGAUGCAAUUGGGAAUCUGAUGAUAGUGGCUGGAGAUGAAGGUGGAACAGUGAAUGCCUUCCUACCAUACAGCACUCUGUGGAGGCUGAGACUACAAGAUACCAGAAUAACAAGGGGUGUGAAUAGUGUCCCCACAGUGCGUUGUCUGUUGGCAGUAGGACUGUGUAGUUCUACUGGGGACGUGUCAAACUACAUCCUAGCAGCAGACAACUACAGGAACCUACAUGUCAUCCAAGGUGGUACCAUCGUGCAGACUUUACCAACAAAUGCCAUCAUCAAUGCUAUGUGUGCAGGUAACUUUGUAGACACGGAUGAUGUCCAUUGGAGAGGUGGCCAGAAGGAUAUAGCUGGCAGGACCAUACCAAGUCAAGUCGCCCUUGGAGGGGAGGACGGGUCCAUCUAUAUAAUGAGUAACUUUCAGGUGUCAGUGGUGGAGUACAGCAAUGUGAAGCUGCCCCUGACACAGCUGGUGUGUGUACAGGACAGCAUGCCCGGACAGGAGGACUUCAUCCUGUGUGCUGGCCACUUCAAUAACCUGUUUGUGUACAAGGCAGGCAAGAGGGUCUGUCAGCACAAGACCCCUGACUGGAUUGUCUCCAUGGCAACAGCAGAUGUAGACAGAGAUGGAAAUGUUGAAGUAGUGGUUGGUUGCCUUGACAACACUGUCCAGGCACUGAAAAUGACCACAUCCAGGUGACAAGGACACUUCGUAAUGUCUGUAUACAAGAAUGAAAUAUUAUAUUCGAUCAUGCAUUCAGGUUUUGCUCGACUACCUAAAAUUUGAAGUUAUUGACCUAGAUAUCACUAGAAAUCAAAUUGUAUGCUUGUUAUUUUCUAUGUAUUUUACAUUUACUUGUAAAGUUUCUUGUUGAAACUAUUUAGACACUAAGAGGUUGCUAUUUUUAUAAUGCAGCCUGUUAUGCAGUCUAAACUCCAGGCUAUCUCAACGUGCCUGAAAAGCACCGUAAGGGGACCAAUUCUGACCUGUUACCUUAAAUAUCGAGAAGUAAAAAAAUGACAGAGUCACUCAGUUUUAUUUGAAGUCCAUGUAUUAUGUAAUGAGUCCGCAAUAUCCAGUGAGCCAAUGUGUUGAUUAAUGUGCUUGGAUAAUGAUAACAAUAUCAGUGAACGAUGAUAGCAACUGGAGUAUAAACCUAUCAUUUCAUCCUGAUGAGCCAAGUGUGUACAUCAUGUAUCUGGUUGGAUGUGCAGCUACAGUUUUUAGAUGUGAUUCUUUCCAUGUUAGCUGUUCUUAUAACAAAGUCUUGUCAUCUACUAUUUCCAAUGAAUAGUAAUGAUUGUGCAGUUGCAGUACCUGCCACAACAGAUAGGUGUCACUGAUGUACAGGUGUUGUACAGUAUUUUCAGUGACAAUGUGACCUAGCCCACCUCAUUAUACUAAAACCUCCUUGAUUAUACAAUCUUUCCACAGUAAGUUUGACCUCAAGUGGGACUAUUCUACUGUACACUGAACAUGGCCCUGUAAUACUGAUAAUGUAGUGUUAGCACUAAUACUAACUGUAACUUGGUUCACAUAGAGAGAUGCAAUUAGAGGAAGCAAUGUGUACAUUGUACUUAUAAGAAAAUAAACUUCAUUUGUGUGCUAACC